AAUAUGGUUCACUUGAAACGAACAAGAGAAGAUCGUGAAAAGGAAGAUCGUUUGGCAAAGAAGCUUUUCGGUGACAAAGCUGGGUUUCCAGAUAGUUCUGUAAGCAGUGAUGAUGAUGGAAAUGAAAUUUACCUUGAAACUGAGAAAGAAGUGAGGAAAACACCAGUGUGGCGGGAUGAAGAUGAUGAAGUCGAAGAACCAGUUGUAGAUGUACCAUUACAUCGUAGAAAAAUGCAUAUUAGAAAGUCUACUGAUGCUAAGGAUCAGAAGAUAACUCCCAAGGUUUUGAAUUCCUGUAUACAACUUGAAUAUGAACAACGGUUAAAGAAAUAUUUCAGUCGGAAUUCCGGUCUUGGUCCAGCUUGGGCUCAGACAUCGACAGGCUUGUUUUAUAAAACCUAUUUAAAGUUUCCCAUCUCAGUUUCUUCUUUAUUUCACUUUCGUGAUUUCAUUUUAGUCAAGAUGAAAAUGCAAGAUACAGAAUCAGAUGAGGACGAAGUUGAAAGUAUAUUACAAGAAAUGACUGCUGUAACGAGAAGGUGCAUCACCAAGAGCAGUUUAUUACCGAAAGGUGUAAUAAAUGUUAAGCGAUUAAAUAACAUCACACUUGGACAUCGAUUCGGAAAACAACCGAUAAGAAUACUCAAAUUUCAUCCUAAUCGUAAACUACUGAUGUGUGGAGGGGAGAAUGGACUUUUAGGUCUUUUCGAGAUAGAUCUUCCCGAGACAAAAGAAUCUUUUCUGCAAAGUAUACGACUGAAAUCAUUUCCAAUUACUAGCGCUGCUUUCAGUACAGAUGGCUUAAAAAUUGUUAUUGGCUCGCGAAAGAAGGAAUCUCUUUUUUGCUACGAUUUGCUUGACGGGAAACUUUUGCAAAUGAGAACUCCCUAUGUACAAGUAAGAAUGUCUUAUCGAAAUAAAGUUUCAGAAAUGACAAAAAGUAAUGCAGGGUACUUUUCACUUUCUUCGGAUGGUAAACUUAUCGCUGUUUUGGCGCGCAACGAAGUUCACAUUCUAACGUCAAUGUCAUCCGAAUACAUUGGAGUUUUGACAGCUCCUACAAGAAUUGUUUCUGUUCAGUUCAGUCCAAAUGAUUCAUCAGCUGUUUACGCAUUUGGCGAAAAUGGACAAGUUUUCAUAUGGAGUAUUAAAAUGCUAAAGGAUCAACAGACUUUUUACGAUGAGGGUUGUGUGAAAGGAACGGUUAUACGAAUUAGAAUCGUCAAUUUAUAUAAUAUGAGCGAUGCUUUGAUGAAUUCAUUCCCCAAACCCUUGAAAGUUUUUGAUAAUCUCACGACAAGCGUUGAUUCUUUGGAAUUCAAUUUCGACUCCCAAAUCCUUUCUUUAUCAUCCAGUGUUAAAAACAACGCGAUCCGUUUAGCACAUGUCGGGAGUCGUACUGUUUAUACCAAUUUCCCACCAAGAGGUAUCAAAGUGGGGAAAGUCACAGUGACAGACUUCUCGCCUAGAAGUGCUUUUAUGGCUGUCGGUGAUGACAAGGGUUUCGUCUCUCUAUUUCGGCUGUCUCACUUCAGUACCUACUAG